UUAGAAACUAUUCUUCUGGUAAAGUAGCAAAAAUGCAAUAAACAAUUUCAAUAUAGAAAGAAGAAGAAAAAAAAAAAAGAAACAAAACGUAGAUUAUAGAGUAGACGAAUAGAAGGUUCUGUUCCAGAUUUGCUGUCAUAACACUACUUUCACCAAUUCUGCCAGCUAUCUAUGUGAGUUUCUCUCUUUCGACAUUACCUUUCCCUCUUUUAACCCUUAAAUUAAAUCUAUCUUCAACUUUAACCACCAUAAAUAAACUACACUGCACAUUAUUCUUCUACUGAUUCCGAUUUUCACUAUUUUAUAUAUAUGUUCUCUGAUGAUUCCUCUUUUGGUUGAUGCCAUCCAGUAGAUAUGGACUUCUUGUUAUUUGUAUCAUUAAUUUUGGCAUGCUUGUGUUCUUCUGUGUCGCCUGAUCCGCAAGGAGAUGCACUGAUUGCAUUGAAGUUAUCACUGAAUGCUUCAGGUCACCAGCUUAGUGACUGGAAUGAAAAUCAAGUCAACCCUUGUACCUGGUCACGUGUUUACUGUGACUCAAACUACAAAGUUAUUCAAGUUUCACUAGCGAUGAUGGGAUUCACAGGACGCUUGGCCCCAAGGAUAGGAACUCUAAAAUAUCUCACUACUCUUUCUUUGCAAGGAAAUGGCAUCACCGGUGACAUACCAAAAGAGUUGGGAAACCUGACAAGCUUGAUCAGGUUGGAUUUGGAAAACAACAGAUUAACUGGUGAAAUACCGCAGUCCCUUGGUAAUCUUAAAAAGCUACAGUUCUUGACAUUGAGUCAAAACAAUCUCAGUGGAUCUAUACCUGAAUCACUUGCCAAUCUUUCAAGCUUGAACGAUAUUCAGCUAGAUUCAAACAAUCUUAGCGGCCGAAUUCCGGAGCAGUUACUUGAAGUUCCUAAGUACAAUUUCAGCGGAAAUAAGUUGGACUGUGGUGUGAAUUAUGGUCAGCCUUGUGCAUUUAAUAAUGCCGAUCAAGGUUCAUCACAUAAACCAAUUGGCCUCAUAAUUGGAAUUAGUGUAGCAUUUGUAGCUAUCCUUGUUAUUGUUGGUCUGCUGUUAUUUUGGUGCAAGGCUAGACACAAGGGAUACAAGCGUGAAGUUUUUGUAGAUGUUCCAGGUGAAGUUGAUCGGCGAAUUGCAUUUGGACAGCUAAAAAGAUUUGCAUGGAGAGAACUACAAAUAGCUACUGACAACUUCAGCGAGAAAAAUGUUUUAGGACAGGGAGGCUUUGGAAAGGUUUAUAAAGGUGUCCUUGCUGAUAACACAAAAGUUGCUGUCAAAAGGUUAACUGAUUAUGAAAGCCCUGGGGGAGAUGCAGCUUUCCAGCGUGAAGUUGAGAUGAUAAGUGUAGCUGUUCAUAGGAACUUGUUACGGCUGAUUGGGUUUUGUACUACUCCAACUGAACGCCUCUUAGUUUAUCCCUUCAUGCAAAACUUAAGCGUUGCCUAUCGUCUACGAGAACUCAAACCUGGGGAAUCUGUUUUGGAUUGGCCUACAAGAAAACAAGUGGCUCUGGGAACUGCACGUGGCCUAGAAUAUCUUCAUGCGCAUUGCAGUCCUAAGAUUAUUCAUCGGGAUGUGAAAGCAGCUAAUGUAUUACUAGAUGAAGAUUUUGAGGCAGUUGUCGGCGACUUUGGUUUGGCAAAGUUAGUAGAUAUUCGAAAGACUAAUGUGACAACUCAAGUUCGUGGGACAAUGGGCCAUAUAGCUCCUGAGUAUUUGUCAACCGGAAAGUCUUCAGAAAGGACUGAUGUUUUUGGUUAUGGGAUUAUGCUUCUGGAGAUUGUUACAGGUCAACGGGCAAUUGACUUCUCACGUUUGGAAGAGGAAGAUGAUGUGUUGUUGCUUGACCAUGUUAAGAAAUUAGAACGAGAGAAAAGACUAGAUGCUAUUGUUGAUCGCAACCUAAAGAAAAAUUUCAACAUGCAAGAGGUAGAAAUGAUGAUAAAAGUUGCGCUACUCUGCACCCAAGCAACGCCAGAGGAUCGUCCACCGAUGUCUGAGGUUGUAAGAAUGCUAGAAGGAGAAGGAUUGGCUGAAAGGUGGGAGGAAUGGCAGCACGUGGAGGUCCAUCGAAGACAAGAAUACGAGAGAUUACAAAGAAGAUUUGACUGGGGAGAAGAUUCAGUUUAUAAUCAAGAUGCCAUUGAGUUGUCUGGUGGCAGAUGAGAAGAUACAUAGAUUUCAACAAUCUAUGUUAUAAGCUGUACAACAUUUUCCUUUUUUGAUAGUUUAGCUUGAAUGAAUAGAGAUGAAGUUUAUUGUGUUUCAACUGUAAGAAAAAGGAGGAGGAGUUAUAAUUUUGAUGUUACAGUGAUGCUUGUGGUAUUAUUGAGGUUUUCUAAAGUACAGAAAAUCAUUAAGGAAAAGAUGUUUGGUGAGCUUUUAGCAAUGUUCCUGCUGUUACAUAUGGUAGUGUGCUGCAAGUCCCCUAGCAAUGAUUGUUGUAUAUAAAGGUUUUUACAAAGAAACCGUGUUGGUGGUGUUGUUAUCUUGUCAGCUACAUUAUUUGGUUCCAUAUUCAAUAUUUUCAUUUCAGUUAAUGUACAAUGAACAAUCUCCUUUCUGGGUUAUACCUCAAGAAAAGAAUUGGAAAUGCUUUUACUAAAUCUACCAUGAUACAUUUAAUUAA